CGUCCUGACGUCACCAGAUAGCUUCUUCCGCUGCCGGUAUAGCGAGUGCCUGAGAAGGAAAAAGAGAAGUGCCUAAAAACGUCGCAACAAUUGCCGAUUUAUCUUUUUAGGACAACGAGUGACAGCAGAGAAAAAUAAUAACACCACAGUGUCCAAGAUCUGUUAAAGCCAAUCCACUAAAGGUGACCGACAAUGGCUGUGAACGUGCACUCGACCUCAGUGACCAGUGAAAACUUAAGUCGUCAUGACAUGUUGAUCUGGAUCAAUGACUCUCUACAGAUGAACCUCACAAAGAUAGAAAUGUUGUGUACAGGUGCUUCCUACUGCCAGUUCAUGGACAUGCUGUUUCCCAACUCUGUGCCUCUGAAGAAAGUGAAAUUUGCUGCCAAGCUGGAGCAUGAAUACAUUCAUAACUUCAAGCUUCUGCAAGUUUCCUUCAAGAAGAUGGGAGUGGACAGAAUCAUUCCUGUAGACAAACUGGUGAAGGGCAAGUUCCAGGACAACUUUGAGUUCGUCCAGUGGUUUAAGAAGUUCUUUGAUGCCAACUACAAUGGGACGGAGUACGACCCAGUGGAGGCGAGGCAGGGUCAGGACGCCAUGCCCGUUCCCAACACUUCCAUGUCGGCUCUCUCCAAACCCCCUAAAAAGGCUAUCAGUCAAAAUCCUCAGAGGCCACCCGUUGCAAAGGUAGCACCCAAGUUGUCUAACGUCAGCGCGAGGAAGGCGGUAUCGGGGGGAGGGGACGAGGAGAGGGCAGAGCUCAUGAAUGAGGUCGAGCUCCUGAAAUCUACCAUUCAGGACAUGGAGAAGGAGAGAGAUUUUUAUUUCGGAAAGCUGCGGAACAUUGAGCUGAUUUGCCAGGAGAAGGAUGGAGAGGGCGACCCCACGCUGCAGAGGAUCAUCGACAUCCUCUACGCCACAGACGAAGGCUUUGUGAUACCGGAUGCCGAGGAGCAGGAGGAGUUUUAAUAUUCAAGACUGCAAGCAACUUUUCACUUGGAUGCCCUGGUCUACAAACCACCUCGAGAUCCUUCCUCAGGCCAAGAAAGCCAGUUUGGUUUCACGUCCGACAUCAAACCUGAUCUCGACUUGCCCCACCCCCCACCCCCCCCCUGUACUCCCGCAACCUCUCCUCAACCCAAAUCCCUCCAAACCUGCUGGACUUUUCCUUCUAGCCUUCAGCAGCCGUACAGCUCCUUUUGUCCUGAACCAUCUUUUCUCAAUAAUCUACAAAGCCUCGGUCGCUGCUUCGUCACCCCCACCCUCCCCUGUAACCCCCCACCCUCCCUUUAAAACCAGAUUGUGCAGAACAUAUCUGGUUUUUGUAAUGGACAUGUGUGAAAAACACAGUGAUGUUCUGUGUGUGAGUGUGUGUAUUUUUGUGCGUGUGUGGUUGUAUGUGUUUUAAUAAUCGCGUUGAAACAAAUUAAACAUGAAGAACCUCCCCUGAAGACCCGGCUGUCACUCUGUCCCAAACUAACCCACACUUUUUGUUCGUGUUGACACUGCAGCCAUUUUGUGCCUUCCUGUUGACACUGAUUUUCAUUCAAUUGGAGGAAAAAGAAUGCACAGAAGUGAGGAAAAUGUUCUAAAAAAUGCACACAUUCCCAACUAGAACAUGUAGUUUUGCAUCUUUUCAAGCCAAAUCUGAGGUGUACUUUUGGCCAACUGUUACCAAUUUGGGUCAUUAUAUGUUUUUGAAAUUAAACUUCAAGCCAGUAGGCAUAACAUACAAAUUCCAGUUUUAUGUAGCUGAUAUGUUUCUAAGAUAAUGAAAUGAGGAAAAGCAACUUGUGACGCCGAAGGGCUCGGAGUUUAGUCUGGGACGAGGCAGCAGUCGGGUCUUCUCUGCCUGUUUUUUUUUCACAAAGAACAUCAUCCUGAUUUUGUCCUGUUGAGCUUCAGAAGCUUUUGUAAAUGUAUGCUACUGUUUUAUCACAUUUCCCAGUCAUUUUUUAUUUCAGGCACCUGCCCGUCAUUGUCUCUACUUUACACAACUGUUUUCUGUUAAGGUGUAGUUUAUUUCUCACGAUCACCUAAGAUUUGGGUUUUUGCUCCCUGUCUACCUGGGUGUUCACAUUUCAGGCAUCUUAAAUGUGCAAUUCUUAACUCCAGAAAAGUGGCUUUGUCUUUGAGGCGAUGUCAGGUGGCAGCCUUUUAAAAACUAGCCAAUUAGUAAAAAGUGCAAAACUGUUGACGUAAAGACGGUUUUCUUUAGGAUUGUCUCCGUUUUAUACUAGUGGCCCUUACGCAAACCUGAAAGUGGCUCCUGUGAUUCUUCCAGGCUUUGUCAGGUAGACUAAUAACUUUCUGCUGAUUACUGAAGUUAGACCUUUUCCCCCUAAAGCUGUUAAAAAAUUGCACAAUCAAUGAGUUGCCACUGUGAAGGCAUAUCCCUUUCCGGGAAUGCAAGACAGGUGUCGUCUUCCUCUUUUCUUUUCCUAUCUCCACUCCUUGAUUGACCAAUUUUAAUACUAAUAAUAUUAUAUUGUAGAUCUGAAAUAAGACUCUGUAACAAAGUGCUUAAUCUGAAACACAUUGUUAACUUCACACAAACUGUUCACGGCAAUGUGUUAUUCGAGUACAAAACUAUCGAUGGCCUUAUUCAAAGCAUUUUUCAUAACUUUUUGUUUUAUACUUUUCUUUAAUGUAAGUUUCUGCUGUUUUGGGCAAAUGUUUGUACUGUUAGUCAUAUUUUAAUGUGUUCUGAAAAUAAACAACAUUGGAGGUA